UUGCUCAGUCAAGGUCCAGCAUGGAAGGAAAAUCGCCGUUUCUCCUUAACAUGUUUACGAGAUUUCGGUAUGGGUCGCUUCACGAUGGAAGCAAAGAUCAUGGAAGAGGUGACCGUCUUCUUGGACAUACUUGAGCAAGAGGAUCGACACAGCGGCUUCGACGUGCACAACCAUCUGACCGUCAGUGUUUCAGCUAUUAUCAGCUCUCUUAUUUUCGGCAAGCACUUCACACACGACGAUCCUUACUUCGUUCGCUUACUGGAUUGUCUGUAUAGACUAUCUAAAGUGGUCACUCCCGACGCUUCCAACUUCAUACCGGGGAUCAGCCUCCUGCCAAACAGCAACUUUAGAAGGUUUAAAACGUAUUACAACGAAGUGAAGACAGAUUUCUUUGAGAAGGAAAUAGCCGAACACACGGCAAGAUUAGACACCGAGAAUCCUCGCGAUUUUAUUGACGUCUACCUGACGAAGAUGAUCGAACUGCGGAAGGCAGGAAAACACACGACCUUCUCAGAGGAGCAGCUGCUCGUGCUGGUCAGUGAUAUCUUCGGCGCGGGAUCCGAGACGACCACAACCACGCUAAAAUGGGCCUUCCUCUACAUGAUCCGACAUCCAGACAAGCAGAGCAAGGUUCAGGAAGAGUUGGAUCGUGUGAUAGGAAGAAGUCGACUGCCGUGUCUGAAUGAUCAGGCUAGUUUGCUCUACACACAGGCCACCUUGUUCGAAGUAUUUCGAAGAAGUUCCGUUGUUCCUCUGGGAGUCUUUCAUGCUGCGGUGAAGGAGACAACCUUAGCCGGAUACAGAAUUCCAGAGGGAGCUAUCAUCGGUCCGAAUCUGUGGGGAAUCCACCACGACCCCGCGCUCUGGCAGAAUCCCAACGAAUUCCAACCGGAACGAUUCCUGGAUUCGGAUGGAAACCUGAUGAAACCGGACACGCUGCUGCCGUUCUCUGCUGGACUGCGAACGUGUAUCGGCGAGCUUCUUGCCCGCCAGGAGGCGUUCCUCUUCUUUGCCAGCGUUCUGCAGAGGUUUAAUCUCGUGCCGCCAGAGGGCGGGCCUGUUCCAGAAGACAGUGGUUUGUUGAGCAUUGUUCUGGCAUCCAAGCCUUACAAAAUGCGAGCCAUCGUCCGUUAGGUUGCUUAUAAUUCUUAAUAAUCUGUUAACAUAAUCGGAGAGAUGUCGGCUAAUUAUUCCCGCUAUUGGGGUAAAAAUAAAAGUAACACCGUUACACGUAAGAA